GCGGGGGCGCGGAUCAGAUCGAAGCGGACAUUCUGCAGUCAUUGUUGGAGGAUCGUGCGGAGUUGGACGGACUUUCGUACCGAGGUCUUCUGCAGCGUGGCCGGACUGCUUCAGCAUGGAGUUAUGAUGGAAUGGAUAUGAAUAUGAGCCAGUGGGAAGGCAUUCGAGCCCCUCAUCUCCGCCAGGCCUUGCUGCUGCUGUUGGUAUUCUUGAAGUCACCACUCUGCAACGGUCAGAACACCCAUGGGGCUCCUCAAGAUGAAUCUCACUUCAGCUUCACUCAGCCUGUCUACCAUGCCACAAUUUAUGAAAACUCAGCAGCACGCACCUAUGCCAACAGUAAAAUUAAAAUGGGCAUCCACCUCGCCCAGCACUCCUGGGAGAUCCGCUACAGAAUCACCUCAGGUGACGAUGACGGUUUUUUCAAGGCAGAGGAGUACGUACUCGGAGACUUCUGUUUCUUACGCAUAAGGACUAAAGGUGGUAAUGCCGCCAUAUUGAACCGAGAGAUUCAGGAUAAUUAUGUAUUGACAGUGAAAGCUUCUGUCAAGGGAGAGGCUCUUCUUGAGACCUGGACUAAAGUCAGUAUUCAGGUUUUGGAUAUGAAUGACCUCCGGCCCUUGUUCUCUCCUACCACAUACUCCGUCACCAUAGCAGAGAGCACCCCUCUCAGAACUAGUAUAGCACAAGUUACUGCCACAGAUGCGGAUAUCGGUUCCAAUGGAGAGUUUUACUAUUUUUUCAAGGAAAAAACUGAACUGUUUGCUGUACACCCAACUAGUGGAGUGGUUACUCUCAGUGGAAGGCUUAAUGUCGAUGAGCAGAACCGUUAUGACUUAGAAAUUCUAGCGGUGGACCGUGGCAUGAAGCUUUAUGGAAAUAAUGGUAUCAGCAGCACAGCCAAACUUUUUGUCCAUGUAGAGCGUUUAAAUGAACAUGCUCCAGUCAUGAAUGUCCUCACCCACAGCCCCUCAUGGCUGGAUAAAAAUCUUGUGUAUGCAGUGGUUACUGUUGAGGACCAAGAUGAAGGCUUAAAUGGAGAAAUAGAUUCCUUGGUCAUUGUAGGAGGAGAUCCCUCAGAGCAGUUUUUUGUUGACAGAACUAAAGAAGGAGAGUUUGCUAUUAAAGCCUUUGAGUCAAUAAGUCAAACAUACCCUUAUGGCUGCAAUCUUAGCUUGCAGGCUAAAGACAGGGGCACCCCGCAGAAGUUAUCUGCUGUUGAAGUCAUCCAAAUCAAGGUCGAAAAACAUCAAAAUUCAGAUGCUAAAUUUAUGCAAGAGUUGUAUGAUGUCAGUUUAAAUGAAAUUUCACCUCCAGGUACACUUGUAGUGGCUGUUAAAAUCACACCAGAACCUGAUGAUGCAGAAUAUAUCUUAACAACCUCUGCGGAUUCAUCCUUUUUUCAAAUGAAUACCCUAACGGGUGUAAUCUCUACUGCUCGCUGGUUCACUCAGGUGUUCCAGGAUGUCUUUAAUCUUGAAGUAAUGGAAAUGGAUAGCAAUCUCAAAGUUAAAGUGAGGGUAACCGUUGAGGAUGCCAAUGAUCACACACCAACAUUUGCUCAGUCCUCUUAUGAGGUUUUUGUUAAUGAAAGUGUUCCAGUUGCAACCAGUGUAUUAACAAUUUCUGCAGCUGAUAAAGAUAAAAGUGAAAAUGGAUACAUAACUUACAGCAUUUCCAGUCUUCAGCCAUUACCCUUUAAAAUCAAUCAGUUUUCUGGUGUUAUAAGCACUACUGAAGAGCUGGAUUUUGAAUCCUCAUCAGAAAGCUUUAUGUUCAUAGUCAGAGCAUCUGACUGGGGGUCUCCUUACAGACGAGAAAGUGAAGUCAAUGUAACAAUCCAUCUAGAAAAUGUAAAUGAUAAUCAGCCAUUGUUUGAGAAGGUAGCAUGCCAGGGGAUUAUUCCUGAGGAUUUUCCAGUAAAUGAAGUUAUUACUACAAUGUCUGCAAUUGAUAUAGAUGAAUUAGAGUUAGUGAAAUAUAAGAUCAUUUCAGGUAACGAACAGGGGUACUUUGACCUCAACCCAGAUUCAGGGGUUCUUGCACUGCAGCAUUCUCUCUCAAGAGCCCAUCCAAAGAGUGGUUUAUUUAGUUUAAAAAUAACUGCCACUGAUGGUGAGAGCUUUUCGGAUCCUAUGUUUGUCAAUAUCUCAGUUGUUUAUGGAAAAUCUUCUUCCAAACAUUUCACAUGUAAAGAAACAAAUGUGGCUCAAAAAUUAGCUGAAAAGUUACUGAAAAAGUCCAAAGCUAGCAAUAAACCUAAAAUUGAGGAAGGUUUUAUUGACCUUUUUUCUGUGAAUCGGCAGACACCCCAGUUUGACAAAACAUUUCCCACAGAUAUUACUGUGCAGGAAGACCUUAAGGUAGGCUCAAGUGUUUUCAAUGUGAAUGCCUAUGAUGGGGACACAGGUUUCAAUGGUCAAAUUCUAUACUCUAUUUCAGAUGGAAAUAUUGAUAACUGUUUUACCAUUGACAUACAGACGGGACUUAUCAGUGUGUUCCUACACAUGGACAGAGAAAAAAGAGAUCGCUAUCUCCUCAACUUAACUCUCUAUGACCUUGGCCUUCCACAGAAAAGUUCCUGGCGGUUGCUUACUGUCUAUAUAGAAGAUGCAAAUGAUAAUGCACCCCAAUUUUUGCAAGAAGGAGGCUUUAGAAUUGUCAUACCUGAAAACCUAGCCAUAGGUACUGACGUCAUCCAGGUUGAGGCCAUUGACAAAGAUCUUGGGCCCAAUGGCGAGAUUGCAUACUCUCUUUUGACAAGCACCACUCAGUUUGGUAUCAAUUCCACUAGUGGGAUAUUAUAUGUUGCUGGCCAACUAGACAGGGAGUUUGUCUCUACGUUUAACCUAAAAAUUGAGGCUCGGGACAAAGCGGAGAAAGGAAGCCAGAAGUUUUCUGUGACCACACUGAAAAUCAUUUUGGAGGAUGUAAAUGACUGUCCUCCACUGUUUAUCCCUGCUGUGUACAGAACCAGGGUUCUGGAGGAUCUCCCAGUAGGAACAGUUGUAGCCUGGUUAGAAACUCUGGAUCCAGAUUUGGGGUUGGGAGGCCAGGUUCGGUACUCCCUAGCCAGUGAUUAUAAUGGAUGGUUUGAAGUAGACAGGGCAAAUGGAGUUAUUCGACUCACAAAGGAGCUGGACUAUGAGACACAGCAGUUCUACAACCUUACUGUAAAGGCCAAAGACAAAGGAAGGCCUGUUUCUCUUCUUUCUGUUACCUUUGUGGAGGUGGAGGUUGUAGAUGUGAAUGAAAACCUCUAUGCCCCAUACUUUUCGGAUUUUGCUUUGACUGGAUUAGUUAAAGAAAAUGCCCGGAUUGGAACCACUCUACUCCAGGUCACAGCUAAUGAUGAUGAUGCUGGCAGAGAUGGAGAAGUUCAGUACUCCAUUCGAGAUGGGAGUGGGCUUGGAAGAUUUGCCAUAGAUGAAGAGACAGGUCUGAUCACCACAACCUCCAGGAAACUGGACCGUGAACAACAAACAGAGCAUAUUUUAGAGGUGUUGGUGUCAGAUGGUGGCCCUAAUCCCAAGCAAAGUACUGUUUGGGUGAUAGUUCAAGUCCUGGAUGAAAACGACAACAAGCCUAUAUUUCCUGAGAAGGUGUAUCAAGUCAAACUUCCAGAGAGGGAGCGUAGAAAGAAGGGAGAACCAAUCUAUCGGGUGUUUGCCUAUGACCGUGAUGAUGGGCCAAACUGUGACCUCUCCUACAGCAUUGUGGAUGGCAAUGAGGAUGGGAAGUUCUUCAUCGACCCCAAGACAGCAGUGGUAUCUUCACGCAAGGCCUUCAGUGCAGGGAGCUAUGACAUCCUGACUAUCAAAGCAACAGACAAUGGACGUCCUCAGAAAUCCUCCACAGCGCGACUGCACAUUGAGUGGAUCCGCCGACCACCAGCUCUCACUCUACCGCUGAUUUUUGAUGAACCAUUCUACAAUUUCACUGUGAUGGAGAAUGACAGGGUGGCUGAGAUUGUGGGUGUGGUAUCUGUGCAGCAGAGCUCCACCCCUUUGUGGUUUGACAUCACAGGUCCCAGGUCUUUCCGUGAGAUGUUCUAUAUUCUGCAGAGCACUUGUGGCAGGAACUGUUCCUCAGAAGGUGGGAACAGUGACAGUGUGUUUGAUGUAGCGAAGACUGUGGGCACCAUCAUCAUUGCCAAACCUCUUGAUGCUGAACAGUGCUCCUUCUACAACAUGACAGUGCAGGCUACAGAUGGCACCAACACUGCAUAUACCCAGAUUCACAUUACUGUUAUGGACAGCAAUGACAAUGCUCCCAUCUUCUUCCAACCAACUUAUGAUGUCGUUGUUUCUGAAGAUACACCACCUGACACUGAAGUGGUCCAGGUUCAGGCAUCUGACCGUGAUAAGCAUCACCAGUUGACCUACUCUCUGCAGAGUUCCAUAGACCCAAACACCAUGGGUCUGUUCCGCAUUCAUCCCACCCAGGGCACUAUCUACACUACUCAAAGGCUUGACCAUGAGGCCUGUGCACGACACAUUCUCACUGUGACUGUAAAGGAUCAAGAAUUCCCAUACAGAAAAGAUUUGGUCCGUGUACUAAUAGAAGUGGAAGAUGUAAAUGACCACGUACCCAUUUUUACCAGUGCUCUGUAUGAAGGCUCAGUAUAUGAGUCAGCAGCAGUGGGAUCAGCUGUAGUCCAGGUGACUGCCCUAGACAAAGAUAAAGGCGAGAAUGCAGAGCUACACUACUCUAUUGAAGCAGGCAACAGUGGAAAUACAUUCCAAGUUGAGCCAGUUUUGGGUGUCAUCACUGUUGCGCAUGAGCUGGACCUAUCCAGCAUAGGCCAUUAUAUUCUCACUGUCAGAGUAAUUGACAGUGGCUCCCCCCCACUUUCCACUACCACAAUAGUGCGGAUUGCUGUCACUCUAUCUGAUAAUGCUGGUCCAAAGUUCCCUCAACCUGAGUACCAGACUGAAAUCAUGGAGAAUGCAUUGGUUGGGACCUCUGUCAGUACAGUCAGUGCUGUCAGCCAGUCCACCCUCAAUUAUGACAUCAAGCAGGGCAAUACCAAUCAUGUUUUUCAGAUAAAUCAGUAUAGUGGAGUGAUUACUACUCAAAAAUCGCUUGACUAUGAGACUACAACUUCUUACACACUGAUAGUCCAGGCUAUUAACAUGGCUGGCAUGGCCUCCAAUGCUACUCUGUUAAUCCAGGUAGUGGAUGAUAAUGACAACCCACCAGUGUUCCAGGAGCUUCACUACCAUGGGAGUAUUAGUGAGGCAGCACCAAUUAACAGUGUAGUCUUAAACUUAGAUGGUUCACCUCUAGUAAUAAAAGCCACUGAUGCUGACCGUAACCAAAAUGCACUGCUGGUAUACCAGAUUAUUGAAGACACAGCAAAAAUGUUCUUCACCGUGGACUCAGGAACUGGCUCCAUCAGAACCAUUGCUAAUUUAGAUUAUGAAACCUUUACUAUCUUUCAUUUCCACGUACAUGUGAGAGACAACGGAACGCCACAGUUGACAGCAGAAAGUCCAACUGAGGUCACAAUACAAGUGAUUGACACAAAUGAUUCCCCACCUCGCUUCACCCAGAGUUCUUAUGAAACAGUCCUGUUACUCCCCACUUAUGUUGGAGUUGAAGCACUUCAGGUUUCAGCGACAGACCCUGACAAAGACAUCACUACAGAGCUUGUAUACUCUCUGACUGAUGGAGAACUGCAGCACUUUGCCAUCAAACCUUCAAGUGGAAUUAUUGUAGUCAAAAACAACAACUUUUCCAAAGAGCGUUUCCGCUUCAGUGUCAGAGUUUCAGAUGGUAAAUUCUCUAGCAUGGCUUUGGUGACUAUACUUGUCAGAGAAGCUCUAGACUCUGGUCUCAGCUUCACCCACAGUAUUUACUCUUCAUCUAUUAAAGAGAAUAUAUUGAAUAUCACCAAGGUAGCUGUGGUCAAUGCUAUUGGAAACCGUCUGAAUGAACCACUAAAGUACAACUUGUUGAAUGCUGGUACACAUUUCAAAAUUCGCCCAACAUCUGGAGUCAUUGAGACCACAGGUAUAGCAUUUGACCGUGAAGAGCAAGAGUUCUAUGAACUGGUGGUUGAGGCAAGAAAGGAGCAUGACCCUCUCCAUGUGGCUAGAGUCGUAGUUAGAGUCCAAGUUGAAGACAUAAAUGAUAAUGCCCCUGUGUUUGUUGGACUUCCUUAUUAUGCAGCUGUUCAAGUAGAAGCUGAACCAGGAUCACCCAUUUUCAGGGUCAUGGCAGUAGAUGGUGACAAAGGAAUUAAUGGGCAAGUAUCUUACUAUCUCAAAGAUGACCAUGGUCAUUUUGAAAUCAACAGGCAGACAGGUAGUCUCAGCCUCAAGAGGUCUUUUGAGUCUGAUUUGUCCAAUGUGGAAUACCGAAUGGUGAUAUAUGCCAGAGACAGUGGUUAUCCACCCCUUUCAUCUACAAUAGAGUUUCCCAUCACUGUAGUCAACAAAGCCAUGCCUGUUUUUGCCAAAUCAUUUUAUACUGUUGCUGUGAAUGAGGAUGUAGCUGUGCACACACCUAUCCUUGGCAUCAAUGCCUCAAGCCCUGAAGGACAAAGCAUCAUCUACACAAUUGUUGAUGGAGAUCCAUCCCUACAGUUUGACAUUGGUUUUGAUACCGGAGUCAUAAGUGUCAUCCAUGCUUUGGAUUUUGAGGCAACAUCAUCUUACCACCUGACUGUUAGAGCCACGGACUAUCUUACUGGUGCCCAUGCUGAGGUUGAUGUAGAUGUGUUUGUCCAGGAUGUCAACGAUAAUCCACCUAUCUUCCAGAAAAUGACCUACAGGGUAGUUUUAUCUGAAACAGCCAUGAUUGGAACGCCAGCACUCCAAGUAGUUGCCACAGACAAAGAUUCAGAGAAAAACAAUGUUGUCCGCUACCAGAUCUUCUCGAAUUCACGUAAUAAUACAGAGUACUUUCAUAUUGACAGUAGCAGUGGAUUAAUCCUGACAGCUCGUAUGCUAGACCAUGAACUACUCCAAAAAUAUGACUUUAUUGUCAGGGCAACUGAUAAUGGUUUUCCACCACUGAGUAGCGAAGUGUCUGUGACAGUCAUGUUGAAUGACAUAAAUGACAAUCCUCCAGUUUUCAACCAGCUGCUCUAUGAGGCAUAUGUGAAUGAGUUGGCAACAAGGGGUCACUUUAUAACCUGUGUCCAGGCAUCUGAUGCAGACAGCUCAGAUUUUGACAAGUUGGAGUACAGUAUUUUAUCAGGAAAUGAAAAAAGGAAUUUUGCAAUAGAAAAAAAGACGGGGAUAAUCACACUGUCCAGCCACCGUAAACAAAGAAUGGAGCCUGCCUAUAGUCUCAAUGUUUCAGUAUCUGAUGGGGUGUUCACCAGCACUGCACAGGUUCAUGUAAAAGUGUGGAGGGCCAAUCUGCAUAGUCCAGUGUUUGGACAGAAUAUGUAUGAGGCGGAGCUAAGAGAGAAUGCUGCUGUGGGAACCAAAGUUAUACAGGUCAAGGCAACAGAUGCAGACCCAGGAGAGUUUGGGCUCAUAACUUAUUCCUUUGUGAAUGAUGUUGGAAAGGACAAGUUUAGCAUCGAUGCAAAUGGUCAGAUCUACACCACAGAAAAACUUGAUCGUGAGGAUCCAGCUAACAAAGACAUUGUUCUCACAGUGGCGGCCCAAGAUUUAGGUGGACAAGUCUCUUACUGUACAGUACAAGUUACUCUAUUGGACGAUAAUGAUAAUGCACCUUGUUUCCGUGCCACAGAGUAUCGAGCUUCAGUGAAAUCUGAUGUGGCUCAAGGUUUUUUGGUGACACAGAUUCAGGCCCAAGAUCCUGAUCAUGGCAUUAAUGCUAAAGUGACAUAUUCACUUUACAGUGAGGCAAAUGUACCAGUGGUAGACAUUUUGGAGAUAGACCCGGACAAUGGAUGGAUGGUGACUAAAGGCAGUUUCAGCCAUUUCAGAAACUCUGUAUUAUCUUUCUUUGUGAAGGCUGUUGAUGGAGGAAAUCCAGUCAGACACUCUCUAGUAUCUGUCUAUAUCCAUGUUCUUUCUCCAGAGACUUUUAUUCCAUCCUUUAGCCAAUAUCAUUAUUUAUUUAAUACACCAGAGAACACUCCUAUUGGUUCAGUCAUAGGAACAGUUCACCUCAACACUCCUCUUGAAUUUACAUCACUCUCUACUACUUUUGCCCUGGUUAAUGGAGAGGCUGGUGAAAACAACCAAGAUGGUGUGUUUGUGGUGGAAAAGCAUACUGGAGUGAUCAAACUUGAUAAGCCUUUGGACUACGAGGUGAUCAAAGGAUACUACUUCAAAGUCACUGCCACGGCACAACAGGCUAAGCUUGAUUCGGUGAGUUGUGUUGAAGUUGAAGUCAAGGUAUUGGAUUUGAAUGACAACAAACCAGCUUUUGAGGCCAACUCAUAUGAUACCACCAUUAUGGAAGGAAUGCCAGUUGGAACCAGAAUCAUUCAAGUUCAAGCAAGAGACCCAGAUUCUGGAGCAAAUGGCCAGGUAACAUAUAAACUUGGUUCAUUAAUCCAGUUAAAAGAGGAUUCAGACACACUGGUCAGCACUUUUAGCAUUGACAGCAAUACUGGUUGGAUCACUACACGCAAAGACCUGGAUCAUGAAACUAGCCCCUCGUACACUUUUACAGUGGUGGCCUCAGACCUUGGGGAGACCCUGACUCUUUCCAGUACAACCACUGUCACAGUUUCAUUGUCAGACAUCAAUGACAACCCUCCCAGGUUCAUGGAGAACCACAUCUUUGGUUCUGUUCAGGAGAGUGACCGCCCAGGAGAGGUUGUGGCUGUGCUGAUAACUAGAGAUGAUGAUAGCUCUGCCUUCAACCGUCAAGUCAGCUAUCACAUCACUGGUGGGAACUAUCGUGGUGUAUUUGCCCUGGGUCUGGUCCAGGGUGAGUGGAAGAUGUAUGUAAAGGGCCCACUCGACAGGGAAGAAUGCAACCUAUACAACAUCAACGUCACAGCUAGUGAUGGAUUGUUUGUUUCCCAAGCAACAGUAGAAGUGACAGUGGUAGACACCAAUGACAACAGCCCAAUCUGUGACAAGGUUAUGUAUACUGCCUACAUUCCAGAGGACCUCCCAGUCACUAGUGUUUUGUUGAGGGUUGGAGCUACAGAUGCUGAUAUGGGUAUCAGUGCUUGGAUUCAGUACUCUCUACAUGGUCCUGGAUCCCAAGACUUCACUAUUGACCCAGACAGUGGUGAGAUCAAGUCAUCUGUGCCUCUGGACCGUGAGAUGACACCUAGUUAUCAACUGGUUGCCCAGGCUACUGACGGUGGUGGGCGGUGGUGCCGUGCUGUGGUGUAUCUGACAGUAACUGAUGUGAAUGACAAUCCACCUAUUUUCACCCAGUCUCAGUACACCACCAGCGUCUAUGAAGACACAGUCACCAAAGCUCUACUUACACGUAUCCAGGCCAUAGACCCCGAUGAAGGUCCGGGGCGUAUGGUGAUCUAUUCCCUGGCUGACUCUGCAGGAGGAUUUUUCUCUAUCGACAAAUACUCAGGCAUCGUGGUCCUGGAACGAGUUCUCGACCGUGAAAUCCAGCCAUUUUAUCAGAUAACAGUUUGUGCAUCUGAUCAAGGCUCACCACUCCCACUCUACUCACUGGUCAAUGUCACAAUUACUGUCCUGGACAUCAAUGACAAUCCACCUGUGUUUGAGCGACGUGAUCAGUUGGCAUCUGUGCCAGAAGAUGUGGGAGUAGGUACUGAAGUUCUGAGAGUUUACGCUGCCAGCAAGGACAUCGGGACUAAUGCUGAGAUUACUUACAGUAUCCGAUCAGGGAAUGAGCACGGAAAGUUCCACAUUCAUCCACUCACUGGUGCCAUUUUAGUUGCCCAGCCUCUUGAUUAUGAGACCUGCAGAGAUUACUUCCUGACAGUAGAGGCUCGUGAUGGUGGCACGCCCUCUUUGAGUGCCAUUACUACUGUGAACAUAGACCUAACAGAUGUAAAUGACAAUCCACCCAUGUUUAGCCACAGUGUCUACACUGCAGUGGUGUCAGAGGAUGCCACUGUUGGCGAGCCUGUUGUUCAGCUGAAAGCAGAUGAUGUGGACAGUCAGCUGAAUGGAGCCGUCCUCUACUCCAUUGUCAGUGGAGACAGACACAACCAGUUCCUCAUUGACCCACUCAGUGGAGUCAUCAAGGUCAACAAGCAACUGGACCGUGAGACUGUUCCCAGCUACUCACUUGCCAUAAGAGCUUUGGAUAGUGGAAGCCCUGCCAUGUCCUCCACUGUGAUGGUAAACAUAGGCAUUUCUGACAUCAAUGAUAAUCCACCCACCUUUUCACCGGCCAACCUCUCUGCUGUCAUACAGGAAAACAAGCCAAUUGGUACCAGUAUCCUGCAGUUGUCAGUCAUUGAUGAGGACUCCUCUCAAAAUGGCCCACCCUUCGACUUCCGUAUCUUAUUGGGAAAUGAAGGGAGGGAGUUUGUGUUGGAAAAAGAUGGGACACUAGUAGCCAAUCAAGUAUUCAGAAGGGACCUGGCAACAGAAUAUGUAAUUCAGAUACAGGUGACAGAUUCGGGGAAGCCUCCUUUGUCAUCCUCCUCCAUACUCACAAUCAGGGUGAUUGAGGAGAGCCUCCAUCGACCAGUAGCAGUACCACUGGACAUUCAUAUUGUUACUAUGGAGGAUGAAUUUCCUGGUGGUGUGAUUGGUCAGCUACAUGCCACCGAUGCUGACCCUUAUGAUGUUUUGACUUUUGGUCACGCUCCUUCAGCUCAGCGUAGUCUCUUUAAGAUUAGUCCUCAUGAUGGAAAGAUCAUAGCCCUGGGUGGUUUGGAUGCAGGAAGGUACUUUCUUAAUGCUAGUGUCAGUGAUGGCCGCUUUGCUGUUCCUGUACCCGUAAGUGUGCAUGUGGAGCAGGCAACACCAGACAUGUUGCGUGAAGCAGUGACAGUGCGUUUUGAGAGAGUGGCACCACAAGACUUUGUGGUGUUGUACUUGAAAAGCAUGUUAAAUGUGCUCCAGCAGUCUGCUGCUACUCAACAGCAGGACUCACUGCAUUUGCUAAGUUUGCAGCCAGUUGGAGGGACGCAACAGCUGGAUAUGCUCAUCACCAUGGAAAAAGCAGGUGGUGGAUACUAUAAGGCAGCCUACCUCACGCAAAAACUAAGUGCAUCACGGCGAAACCUGGAGGAAGUGCUUAGAGUGUCAGCUAUCCUGGACAAGAACUGUUCUGGAUUAGACUGUCGUGGGGCUCAGUGCGAACAGAGCAUUGUCUUGGAUUCACACAAUCUCGCUACAUAUAGUAACCCACGGGUCAGCUUUGUCUCACCUCGCUUUCACCGGACCUCACGCUGUACAUGCAAUGAUGACAGCUGUUCUGUCCUGUCAGAACAAUGCGAGGACCAACCCUGUCCACCAGACAUGCAGUGUGUUUCAAUAGAGGCCAAUAGAGGGCGUUAUGCAUGCCAGUGUCCACAAGGCAAACUUGGAGAGUGUGCAGGACAUUCAUCUUUGAGUUUCUCAGGUAACAGCUACAUCAAGUACAGACUCUCUGGCCAGCUGCAAACAGAGUUGAAACUGAGCCUGAGGAUCAGAACACUGCAGAGCCAAGGGAUUAUCAUGUACACACACACUGAGCCCUGCACUGUGCUUAAGUUGGAGGAUGGGAAGCUGUGGUUCCAGUUGGCUUGUGGCCUUGGUGGAAAUGAUGACAGCCCUGACAUGCUGGGCAUCUCGGGUCGUCGUAUCAAUGAUGGGAGCUGGCACACAAUGGCACUUGAACUGAAUCGCAACUUCAGCAGCUUGGCACUUGAUGACAGCUAUGUUGAACGACGCCGUGGACCAUCAUUUGUACAGAGACUACCUACAACUAUCUUCUUUGGAGCACUGGUGCAGCCCCCAAACUCUCGUAGCCUCAUGGAAUUCCAGAAGGACCCCCGGGUGCUUUAUGGAUUCCAAGGUUGCCUGGACUCUGUAAUGCUGAACAACAAUGAGCUCCCAUUGCAGAACAAACGUUCGCAGUAUGCAGAGGUGGUGGGACUGACAGAGCUGAAACUGGGUUGCAUUCUCUACCCUGAUGCAUGUCUGCAGCAGCCAUGUCACAACGGAGCUACUUGUACAAGUCUACCCGCCGGUGGGUUCUCAUGCAGUUGUAAACCCCAGUACACUGGGGGGCACUGUGAGAUGGAGAUAACAGCAUGUGUUCCCAACCCGUGUCAUAACGGCGGUGUGUGUAAGCCCAUUGGCAAUGCAUUUCUUUGCAGCUGCAGGAGAGGCUUCAGGGGCCUGACUUGUGAGGAAGAUGUGAACGAAUGUGACCGCAGGAAUCCAGAGGGGGAGUGUGAGAAUGGUGGCACCUGCAUCAACACUCACGGCUCCUUCUACUGUAACUGCACGGCAGGCUUUGUGGGUCAGCGCUGUGGCCUGAGGCCUGUUGUUGUCCCCGACAUGCAGGCUGGUCAUGCUGUGGUUGGUAGGGAGGAGCUUAUUGGCAUUGCUGUCGUACUUUUUGUCAUCAUCACCCUCAUCAUCCUCUUCAUUGCAUUCCGCAAGAAGGUCUUCCAGAAAAACUACUCGCGGAACAAUCUAUCUCUGGUGCAGGACCCAGCCACUGCAGCACUCCUUAACAAGGCCAAUGGUGUUCAGUUUAAGACCUUACACUGCACCUCAGGAGACCCUCUCAACCUGUACUCAGAGCCAGGUAUGGAGUCUGCCAUGUUGGGAGGGGGUGGGAUGAUGGGACCUCCACAGGUCCCUGUGAGACCCAUGGCAUACACGCCCUGUUUCCAAGGAGACCCACGUUCCACGCUAGAGAAGAUGGCAGAUGGACGCAGUGUGGAACAUACAGAGAUGAGUACCUUUCACCCUGAGUCACCAAGGAUCCUUUCAGGAACCACUAGGAGAGGGGUGGUGGUGUGCAGCGUGGCCCCCAACCUUCCACCAGUGUCACCAUGUCGCUCAGACUGUGACUCCAUAUGCAAGAGCCCAUGGGAUAAUGAUGAGUGUAAGGUAGACGACAUGGCAGAAGAAGUAACAUGUUUCUCAGGAAGCAACAAAGGCAGUAACUCAGAGGUCCAGUCACUGAGCUCCUUUCAGUCUGAUUCUUGUGAUGACAAUGCCUCCAUAGUGACCGUCAUUCGACUGGUAAAUGAUGCAGUCGACACAAUCGAAAGUGAAGUGUCAGAUAUGGACCAAGGUCAAACCUUCAAUAGAGCAUAUCACUGGGAUACAUCAGACUGGAUGCCAAGCCCGAGGCUCUCAGACAUUGAAGAGGUGCCAGGCUACGAGGCAAGUCAUGGAAACGAAGUAGCAGGCUCGACCCCUUGCCUUAGCGAAAGUACUCGAGAACUGGAGUCAGAUUACUAUCUAGGGGGCUAUGACAUCGACAGUGACUAUCUCCCUCCCCACGAAGAAGAGUUCCUUAAUCAAGACCAACUGCCACCUCCACUGCCCACAGGUGAGGAUUAUACUGAGCCCUAUGCACCAUUUUCUACCAAUACAUCACUUUCCAAGGAGAGCACACUGAGCACAAGACAUCAGCAUGCCAGACCAUAUUUCCACCCUAGCCAGUACCUACCUCCCCAUCAAAUACCCACUGGGGAGGCGCCAAAUGAAGUUUUUAGCUCUUCAGUGAGUGGGCGAACACCAGGAAAUGGGGACACUGAUGACUCUGUGUCCCGAAGUAUCAGACUGUCCGUUGGUGCAUCAUCAGCCUCAGACAUGUCAACCCCCUGUGGGCUGGAUGACUCUGAACAUGGCAGUGACUUUGACAGUAUGGAUGAGCUUCAUCGAGGGGUGACCAUCAUCACGGACUCACAGCAACAGACUGAGGUGUGAUUAGCUAUACAGCACAAGAGUACCAACCAGUGGGAGCAUAGCAGUUGUGCAGAUAGAAGAUGCAAAGGAUUCUGUUAUGACUGGGCAAGGUAAACGUCUUCAGCAGUACUAGGUACUGCUACAACUAUAUACAUUAACAGUAAUUUUUUAAAAAAAAUCACCAUUUCACCUCACUGAACUGUGACCAACAGAAUAACAAUAUUAACUGGAUUGUCAGUUCUAACCCCACUGUGUAGACCAGUUAGGAAUGAUUUUCCUACUGUAAUAGGAAUUUACUUGGAAUAUGGGAAAAAAAGAAUGAAAGAAAGAAUGGGAUAGAGAAUGUGAACAUGAAAGAAUGAUUAUGGACGUGGUAGACAGAUUUAAAACAAACAAAAAAACUAAAGGGACAAUGAUUUAAGUGACACGUUUGUAUGUUUUUUUGGUCCUUCGCAGAAGCCCAUCGGACAAUUUUUUUCUAUUUAAAAAAAUAAAAUAAAAUUUAAAAAAUGUAAAUUUUCCUCCAUGCUUUGUAAACUUUGUAGUGUGCUGAACUGUACAGACUGUAAAGUAUUUUGACCUCACUGGUGAAAAGUAUGAAAACAUACUUUAAAAGCCAUUUUUGUUUCAAUGUAAAAUGUGCCCAUCCACACCUCACCUGUAUGCUCCCUGCUCCAAAUCUUUAAGACAAUUACAUUUCAAACUUUCUCUUUCCUUAGCUUGAAAAUUAAAUUUUUCAUGAUUUUUUUUUUAAA